CGCUCAUGUUGGACGUCGUAGUGUGGAAAGUCUGCAAACUUCCAAACUUCAAAGCCAACAAAAAGUGAGCUUGCACACAAGCUCGGUUGGACACUUAACAGUUUUAACGAUUCACGAAGGAUGUUAUUUAACAUCAUGGCCAUCCAAAGUCAACUCGACUGCUUCUCGCAAUGAACAUUUCAGCGCUACAGGCCUGCAAUUGAAUGUUCUCUCUUGCGAAAGGUUGCUCCACCUAUCCCAAAUGUCCGUCAAAGUCCAGAGACCCCGGCCGACGUCGGCGAAGUCCUCUACACCGUCAACACUUUCACUCUCUGACCUCGGAAUCAACGAAAAGCUUCAACAAAGAUCCUACACGAACGCCCUCCUCGAGCGACGCAUCGAGUUCAAAGAAGUCCGGUCGGCGGACGUCAUGCAGGAACAGCUACGUAAGAAAUACAAACCCAUCAACGCUCCUUCAACUCCGUCGUCGCCACAGACGGGCGCUAUUAGCGAGAUUCUGAGAGGAGGGACAGCUGAGGUUGAUGCACCGCUGCUGCACGUAGCGGACGGACAGGAAGGUCAACAGUCGAGCGAGGACCGCGGUCGGAAGGUAUUGAGGGGCGGGAGAGGGGACAAGCUGUCUAACUUGGCGUCGGUGAUUGCCGCGUUACCGGUGAAUCCGCGGGAGAAGGGGAACAAAGGACCUCACCGGAAGCAAGGGAAAUCGAAGGGGUUGACCACGCCUGUGUCGAGCAAACGGGAGCGGGAGGAUGGGGAGGAUGAGGUCGAGCUUGCGUUUGAGAAGCGGAAGAGGACGAAAAGCGGCGCUGAACCGGCAGGUGAAACGGGAGAGAGCCAUAUGGCAUCUGCGUUGAUUGAGCAAACGAGUGAUGCAGCCAGCACGAUAUCAAAGAUCGAGGUGAAAGCCCCGCCAAAACCAAAAUCCAUGAACCCUUUCCGCGACUACAUCGAGACGGGCGGCAAGCCGUCCAAAGCCGUCGAGACGCCUAGCAUACGCAACGCGAACCUUGUCGAAGUCGCAGAACGGCGAUCGCGGCCCAUGCCUGCCUCCAACGGCGGUGUGAGCACGCAAUUCGGGGCAUCGGUGGAACAGUGGGAAGGGUUUGACGUCUUCCAACAGGCGCUGCAGCAGACCCGUAUCGUGGAUCAUACCAAGGUGCGGAUCAGGAGGACGGACCGGUAUGAGCAGGAGUACGAUGCGGGGAAGACGAAGAAGGUCAAGAAGGAGAAAUUGGCGCCGCAUGAGAAGGCGAGGUUUAGGGUACCGCCCGCUACACCGAAAGAGUGACGAUUCUCUCCUGCAACACCUGCUCCUUACCUAUAUAACCCAUAGAGCUAUCAUCAUGAGUUCAAUCAUUUUUGGCACAUCCUGUGCAAUAAUACAAAGGGAGCUACUCCCAAAAGCCUUCAGAU